UGUAUUUUGACGUAGUAGUUGCUUGUGGCACGGCACUAGCUUGUAUAAAUAUAGUCGUUCGAGUUCUGUGUGAAUACAUACUGUGUUUCUAUUUUCUGGCAACCGUGUUUUGUUUUUUUUUGUAAAUAUACUUUCAUGUAGUGGAUCGGGGUCCGUUACAGACCUGCCUUUUUUAAUGGGGCCCUUGUUUUUGAACGCAGGAUAACAUAGUAUCUUAUUAGAGGCACACACGUUAUAUUAUUAGUUAAAGGGGAUUCGAAUGUUGUAGAUAAUAAGCAAGGCGCUUUAGGUAUGGGACGAAUGAGUGCAAACCGCAUUUAGACCAUCUUCUUUUGAGCUGAGACUGAAUGACAGACCAAAUUUAGGUUUCUGAUGUUGAGCUGGAAGCAUGUCAUGUGAUGAGCAACGGGAACCCUCUGGUGAUCCCUGUACUGUUGUUGGUCAGGAUCACCUGAAAUGGAUACCUGAAGCAGAUCAUGAUGACAUUGUCAGAACUGGCCCAGAAACGACUGUUCGCUCGCUCCCUUAUGCAUGGCGAGAAGGUACAGACUACAAUCCUAGCUAUCAUCACGUUGCCCCAAUGUACAGGAUUCUUGAACAGUCCAUACCUGAGACCGGACAGUUUGAAGAUGCUGAUGGCUAACAGCCACACCUACUCAAUUCACAUCCUUUGUAUGGCACUCAGUUUUUGUUUUGGGCUGCAUGAGUCUGUAGUAAGGUGUUAGAAACUAUUACCUGCCAUAUUUGAUGCAUAUUCGGAGUGGGUAUGUACAGGAAGCAUUGUUGCUGAGGAGAAGCACAGCAGUGAUGUCUGUGUGCAGAAUUUAUGGUGGCAUCUGCUGAUCCUGAAAAAAUGGAUUUUAAGGGUAACUAACGCAUGAUGUAUACACCUUUUUGGAGUACAUGUUUGGGUUACAGUUUGCUUUUGCUGUGAAAAGGGCAGAAAAAUGAAGGUGAUCUACUCUAUUUAAUUUGCUACAUACUGUAAGUUGGUCAUUGUAGAUAACUUGAUGCAUGAACAUAAUCAGUUUAGCGUUCUGUUUCAGUCAAGGCAAAGGCAGAGUAAUUAUUUGUAAGCUUAGUAUUUGAGACUUCCCUUAAGUUAGUAUUUAGCUUAAGAAUGUUGAACUUCCCUUUUACCAUCCAGAUUAUACAUAAGAAUGGUUUGUGCGUGUUCUGUUUGUUAACUUAUGGCAUGCAUGAUGUGCAGAUGCUUUGCAUGAGCGGACAGGUGAUCCACUGGAGCAACCCCUAAGCGGGAAAAUCCGAGAAGAAGAAGAAUUCCAUAAGGGCCUGCUUGUUAGGUUUUUUUUUUUUUUUUUAUUAUUAUGCAAGAGGCAACAUCCUGCUUAUAUGAUGUUUUUGUAUCUUGAACUGUACUGUCUUCAUCUUACUGCAUUUUACUCAAACCUGUUGCUUUUAAAGAGGCCCUUCCUUAAUGUUCCACUUCAUAGUGCAAAAUGUUGUAGUAAACCAACUGUCCUUCAUUGUUUUUAUAACCAGUAUAGAUAGAGUAUGACUACAUAUGUUUGUGUACAUGUUAUCGUAAAUAUUGUGACAAAUGCUGCUGAAUUAAGUGAUACUUUUUUUAUUUUUUUUUUUACGCAUUCCAGCUUUGUAUUUUGUAGUUCUUCUUGGAUUAAGGUUAUAGAACCUGGCUUUUAAAAUGUCAGACCAAGUGGUGUUUACCUUAAUUAAGAAAUUAAAAGAGGCUCUGUUA